AUGGGGAAGUCAUUAGAAUGGGCAGAUCUCGACUAUGAACUUCAACCAUGGAUUAAAAAAGCAAUAAAUGUCUCUGGUUUUGAUAGUAUGACACCUGUACAGGCUUCUACUAUUCCAAUGUUUGCCAAGAAUAAGGAUGUUGUUGUUGAGUCUGUUACUGGUUCUGGUAAAACUAUCGCAUUUGUUAUACCUAUUUUAGAGAAAAUCAUAUCAGAAGGGAUUAACAACAGCAAGUUCAAGAAAGGUCACUUCUACAGUUUAAUUUUAGCUCCUACCAGAGAGCUUUCAAUGCAAAUACAGAAUGUAGUUAGCUCUUUCCUAGAGCACUACCCUGAAGAUCAGUACCCAAUUAGAAGUCAAUUAGUGGUUGGUACAAAUGAGAAAUCGGUAAGAGAUGAUGUUAACACUUUAUUGGAUGAAAGACCUCAGAUAUUAAUAGGCACACCAGGUAGAGUGCUAGACUUUUUACAAUCUCCUUCAGUUAAAACUAGCUCAUGUGGAAUGGUAGUCCUGGAUGAAGCAGAUAGGCUUCUUGAUGUAAGUUUUUUCAAGGAUGUUGAAAAAAUAUUGAAUGUUUUACCAAAACAGAGGAGAACAGGCCUUUUUUCCGCUACUAUCAGUAGUGCGGGUACCCUAAUAUUCAAAACAGGUUUAAGAAACCCUGUAAAGAUUACGGUGAACUCACAAGGCAAGAAUGCUCCAACAACUUUGAAUCUGUUUUACUCUGUAAUGAAGCCAGAGGAGAAAUUACAAAAUCUGAUACACAUUAUGAAUAAUAUCAGAUUCAAAAAGUGUAUAGUAUAUUUUUCCACAUGUGUUUCAGUAACAUUCUUUUAUCAAUAUCUAAAGUAUUUGCAACAGACAGACAAAACAUUAAGAGAAGAUCUUCAGGUUAUUUCUAUUCACGGUAAGCUUACUACGCAAUCGAGAAGAAAGGCUUUGUCGACAUUCACUGAGAGUCUAAGUGAUUGCAUACUGUUGACAACUGAUGUCGCAGCUAGAGGUAUUGAUAUACCUGAUGUCGACCUGGUUCUUCAGAUUGAUCCUCCUACUGACGCUGACAUAUUUUUGCAUAGAUGUGGUAGAACUGGUAGGGCAAAUAAGAUUGGUAGAGCUAUUGUUUUUUUGAAUGAAGGCCGUGAAGAGGAUUAUAUUCCAUUUAUGGAGGUCAAAAAUGUGGACAUUGAAGAAACAGACAUAAACAAAAACAAGAUAAGCAAUGACAACAAUGAUGAAUUCUAUCAACGUUUCACAAAAUGGCUGUUAUCUGAUAGAGCAAAUUAUGAUUUAAGUGUAAAAUCUUACGUUGCAUUUAUACGCUAUUACUCAAAGCAUUCAGCUACCUCGAUAUUCAGAUUGCAAAGUUUAGAUUAUGUCAGUCUCGGAAAAAUGUAUGGUUUAUUCAGACUGCCGAGGAUGCCAGAAAUUACCAAGUAUUUACAGGAUAAAGAAAAAUCAGGUGAAACUGUUGUAGGGUAUUAUGGUGAGGGUUGGUUGAUGAAUCCUCCACCUAUUGAUAUGGAUAAAUAUGCAUACCAAGAUAAAAAGAGGGAAAAGGCUAGAAUCGAGGAAUUAAAGAAUUUAGCACAAAUAAACGAUAAAAAGAAGUUGAAAGCAGAAUUGAAAAAGAAAAAUAUGGCCUGGUCAAGUAAGACCAUGACAAAAGAGGAGAGGCAAGAGAGAAGGAAGAAGUUAGAUCUCAAACGUAAAGCAAUUGAACUUGAAAUAGCGGCUGAGGCCGAAAGAGAUGAGAGUGACACUGAAAUAACUCAGGAUUGGAAAGAUGAGAUUUUACAGAAAAAGAAGAAGAAGAAAGUUGGCAGCGAGAUGCAGGGAAGCUUCGAUGAUUUGUAA